AUGAAGGAGCGCCAGCUGAAGAAGUACGAGGCUGCGCGACGGGCCGGCCAGAGGCUGGACCAUGCGCGGAAGGCCUGCCACCUCUUCCAGAAGAUGGAGUGCGAGGUCGAGAUGGCCACCACCAUCAGCACCAUGGUCAUGGCCCUGCUCUGCAUGGAGCGCGCGGACGAGGCCCUGGAGGAGACGAACCGGGCGAUCAAAAUCUACGAGGGCCUUAACGACAAGAAGGGCGAGGGCCUUGCGUGGAUCAACCACUGCUCCGGGCUCACCAAGAUGGGCCGCUUCGAGGAGGCGCAGAAGAUCGCGAUGCGCGCGCGGGACAUCUUUGCCAGCCAGAAGCUUCUCAUAGGUGAGGGCCAGGCCUUGGACCACCUUUCCAGCUUGCACAUGACCAAGGGCGAGUUCGCCAAGUCUGCCACCUGCGCCAAGCGUGCGAAGCAGAUCUUCAACGAGGCAUCCUGCUUCCGACAGGAGGCCUUCAUGGCCUGGGCCGAGGCUGAAGCCCUCUUCGGCCUGGCGCAGAUGCAGGACGACCACAAGCCGGGGGAUGACCUUCCCGAGAGCUUCAAGAAGGCCUGCGACGCCGCUGAAGAGGCCUUGAAGUUGGCGAGGGCCGUUGACGACGAGAUCCUCAUCAUGCACUCGCAGCAGGUGGUCGCCAAGACGCGCAUCAUGUCCUUCCGCCACUGGGAGGCCGAGGAUCCGGUGCAGGAGGCCUUGGAAAUCGCCCAGAAGAACAGCCAAAGCAUGGAAGAAGCCAGCCUCUUCCUGCUAAAGGCUGGGGCGGAGGGGGGGGACUUGGGUCGGUAA